AAAAUGAAUCAGUCAGUUUGGUCUUUUUUGGUAUUGAUUCUUUCGUUGAAGUGACAUCUUCAUGUGUGGUGUUAUGGAGAUUUUUGAAAAAAGUGUCAGACAUUCAUGAAGAAAAUCCUAUGGAAAACUUAAUAGCUAUUGAAAGAAAGGCAACAUUUGCAAUUGGUAUAUUGUUUGUUAUACUUGCAAUUGGAACAUUUGCGGACGCAAUUGUUACUUUGGUGAAAAAUGGAAAACCUGAUACAACUAUAUCAGGUCUAAUCAUUUCAUCGGUUACAAUAUUUUUCAUGGCACUUCUUUGGCUCAUGAAAUUCUCAAUUGCUAAGCUACUUAAUUCUUCAACAAUGAUGUCUGAUUCGAAGUGUACUCUAUCCUGUAUACAAAUUACUCUUGUUUUAUUUCUCAGUAGUCUGAUUUACUCUGUUUGGAAUGAUGGUUGGUGGAUAGAUUCUGUUGCUGCUUUGAUUUUAGGUUUAUUGUUUGCAAAAGAAGGUAUAGGAAUGAUUCUAUGGGCAAAGAGUAAAGAUUUCGAUGGUGGCUGUUGUAAAAAUGACUCCAUCAAAAAUAAUAAUCGUGAUGCUGAUUCUAAUUGCUGUAAUGACUGUAAUGACGAAGAAUGUAAAAUCACAAUAACAUCUGAAAAAAUUGUCGACAAUGACAAUAUAAAAGAGGAGG